AUGGACAAAGAAAACGAAAUAAUAGAGAUUGUAACUCAAUAUAUAAAUGAUGAGAAUUUUUACAACUUUAAUGUGGCUGAUAUACAAAGUGAUGGGAAUUGUUGUCCAUUGAAGAUUAUAAAACGAUAUCAGAUAUUAAAAGUAGGAGUAGCUAAUCUAAAGAAUAAUCCUACAUCAAAUAUUGGUGGGGAAAAUUCAAUAAAUCCUUUGGAAUGGCUAUUGAGAUCACUUUCAUUAUUAAAUUUACCAAGGAACCCUCAAUAUUAUGACUUUUCACAUCUUAGUGAGUCUGAAUUAAUUGAACUAAAGAGAAAAGUAAAGAAACAACUCAGAGAGUUUGAUAUAACUUACCAAAAGAAGUAUGGCCAAUUACCAAAGAAAAAUGAUAAAGAGUCAUUAAGGCCUUUAUAUAUCUACUAUAGAAAGCUAAAACAAUCUAUUGAAGCAAUGAAUAAUAUAGAAUUGAACAAAACAUCUGAAAAGCCUGAUGAAGAUAAAAAAAAUAUUGAAAAUGAUAUAGAUGCUACAUGUGACCACUUUGAUAAUAUAAGUAUCACUGCUGAUAAUAAUGAAACAUUAAAUCAUGAAAUAGCUAAUAAUAAUAUUUCAAAAGAAAACCUUAAAAUAAAAGUUCAAAACUUAAUUAAGUAUAAGAGUAAAUUACGAGGUGUCUUAGAAGAAUAUGAAAAAGGAUUUUAUAAAAUUCAUAACCGUAAAGUAAUGUACCAGAAGGAUUUAUUACCAAUAGAGGAAAAAUUUAUUGAAUAUAAGGCAAUAAAACAAAAAAUUAAACAAAUUGAACAUAUAAUAAACUCAGAUUCUAACUAUAGUAACAAAUAA